AUGAAAACAGAAUAGAACUAAAGACCAUAAAUAAAAGUAGAAGACAUGUUAAAAUAAUUCAAAAACAUCAAUGUGAGAAAGAAUGGUGUUACUAUAGAUUAUUAAUUUUUAUUAUAAUUGGCUAAUUAAGAGAGAUAAUUAACAUCCCAACACAUACUAUUUUUUAUAAGUUUAUUUUAGAAAUAUUUUUCAAAGUAGAGAAAGGUAUAAUUUACUUAAAUUAGAUAUUUGUUGCUGAUCAUUAUUUUUUUGUUGAUUAUAUGCCAUUAUUAACUAAAUAAUUAACUACUAAUGUAAUUUAAUAAUAAGAAAAAGAUUAUUUGUAGUUAAUUAUACCAGAUAAUCCUUAUCCUCCAACUAAACCAAUUAAUUUAAAUGAACCUUUUUAUGAGAAAAAAGAAUAAGUUGAUAUUGUUAAAACAAAUUAAACAAAUAAAAAAUAAUAAAUAUAAUAGUUAUAGGAAACACCAUAUGGGAAAAAAUAUUAAUUUGUUAUUUAAAAUAUAGAAGUAACAAAAGCAGAAGAAGGUAAGUUUAGAAUAAAAACAAUGCAAAAUAAGUUAGAUUAAUAUUUAAUUUAAAAUUAACUUAAUCUUUCAAUUAACCCAAUAUAUCAACAUGAAUUUUCUUUUUUCCCAAUUAAUCUUAAAAAUGCUCAUUGGAUGAGUAUAAAUAUUGAUCUCAAAAAAUAAAUAGUUCUCUAUUAAGAUUCUGCAUUUAUAGCUAAUUCUGAUAUAAAAGAAGGAAUUUAAAAAAUAAUAGAUUAUAAAAAACCUUCCAAAAUAUAAUGGAAACUUUAGACAAAAAGUCCUUAAUAGAGAUCAUCUCAAGUAAAAAAAUUAGUUAUGUUUAGGAUUGUGGAGUUUUUGUUCUCUAUGCUUUGUUUAAUUUAUAUACAGAAGGUCAAUUAGUUUAAGAAAAAUAAUAUGAUUAAUAUUAUAUUAGUAUGGUAAGAUAAAAUCUCCUUUAAUUAACAAUUAAAGAAGCAGAAACAGAAUUAACUCCAGAAUUAGUUGAGAAAAUUGUUAAGGGACUUUGA